GCCACAGGUCCACAUCGUUAGCGGGGCUGGCAGGUCUGGGCUCUCUGCUCCGGUCCGGAGCUCCAGGAUCCACCAUGUCGCGGUCGCGGCGUGCCACGCCGACGCCGCCGCUAUGUCAGUGUAUAAUGGACCACGGUUCUAGCGCCCGGCGCGUCUUUUGGUGUGUGAUCGUCUUCCUCUCGUCCGUUGAAGGUUGGCCUCUUUCCAGCAUUUGGAACUUCUUGCCGGAACUCGGUAAUCGGAUCGUCGGGAACUCCACUGCCCUUUCAACUUCCGCUCGAGUGCUCAACUUUAUUCCAGUUCUCGUAUCGGACGAGUGUUUAUCAGAAGAUGGCAGACGUUCAGGUGCUUGUCUCAAUCCAUACGAGUGUCACAUUCAAGGUGGAGUAUCUAAAGGAAAAUGUGCCCUAGGAUUUGGAGUCUGCUGCGUCUUUACAGCAAGCUGUGGAGUUGAAAUAUACAAUAACGUGACGUAUUUCGUGAGCCCGGAUUUUCCAGCACUGACACAAGAAAUGGGAGAAUGCAUUAUCAGGGUUAAGAAAUUGUCUUCAGACAUCAGUCAAUUCAGAUUUGAUCUAGGCCAUUUUCAGCUGGGUCAACCAAACCGCAGAACGGGAGUCUGUGAUACAGAUUUAUUCUUGAUUGGAGAAGGCACUCAUCAAGAAGUCAAAAUCUGUGGCACCAACAAUGGUCAACAUAUUUAUUACGAUGUUGACGACGUUAAUGAGCCAAUCGAAGUAAAAAUUAUAGCUACACAACCCAACAUUUAUCGACUGUGGGAGAUACGGAUAUCUCAAAUUGAAUUUAAACACAGAGCUCCUGCAGGAUGCUUACAAUAUUACAGGGAGCCUUCUGGUAUCAUUCAAACGAUGAACUUUGCGGUAAAUGGUCGUCAUUUAGCCGAUCAAGAUUACAAUAUUUGCAUGCGCCAGGAGACGGGGAUGUGUUCCAUAGCCUACGAGCCAUGCGAUGAAAAUUCUUUUAAAAUUGGUCCACCAAUUUCAAUGGAAGACGACCCUGGAUCAGGAGAUGAUAGUAUACCACUUUCCGAUGACGUGGGUCAAUCGAGAGGAUGUCAAGAUCGAGUAAUGCUACCAUGUGAUAUAGAGGAAUUUAUUACGCCUGGAGGUGGCCCCAGAGUAUGUGAUCUACUUCACUGUGGGAAUUCUUUUUGCUCAGGAAGUGACCUACCUUGCAGAAUUGAAAGUAGCACGUUGCCAUUCAGCAUACAUGUCCAGUUCGGGCCGGCGAUAGCCGAGGAGUCCCCGGAGGAUAAUUUAGGAAUGUGUUUAAAAUAUGAUCAGCAAGCGUGUGUAGUUUAGGUUAAACACACGGCCAAGGUUAUUUGGAAAUUUAGACUUUAACAAAACCACCGAUUUAAAAUUAUAUAAUUGAAGCUGCCAUGUACAUUUCAUCAUAUUUUGUCUUAUUCGCGUCGAUACAAAAUUGCAUACUGCGUGAGCGUAGUUGUAGAAAACGUGCCAAAUAGAGUUUUAUUUUCAGGGCAUAAUACAUUUGUCCUAAAUUUUAUUUGAUAUUGAAAUUGAACCUGUUGCAAGUGAUAAAAAUUGAAUAAAAUUUUAUACGUUCAUAAAA